GUGGUAGCAGAUCAUAGGGCAGUGUACCCCACUAACUGUGUAAUAAAUGUCAAAACUUGGCCUUUGUGCUUAAUCACAGUCACUUCCUCUUAUCUUUGUAACCCAUAUUUUAGUUGUCUCUGUCAUCACUCAUCUCUUCUUGCAUGCACCAAGCAAUAACAAAAUGAGAACAGAGGAAAAGCCUGUGAGUGAGGAACAUGAUGCAGGUCCUUGCAGAAGAACAGUUUCUCUUCCAGUUCAAAAGGUUGAUGAUGCAAUGGGGAUAACUGAAGAAACCACACAUGUUCCUCCUCGGAAGCGACAGAAUCUUCUCCUAGAAAUACCCUCAAGAACAGAAGAGUGUUCUCCAGAUUUUGUUGCAAUCAAAAUGCCACCAACACCAAGUUCCAAUCCCACUCCUACUCCAAAGAGAGUGAAUUUUCUUGUGAGUUCUCGCUCUGUUGAUGCUCCAUCAAAUAAUUCUCCUGGACCUUCAACAUCAAGAAGCAGAUCAUCCAUAAGAAACCUCCUUCCAAAACUGAGCUUCAGGUAUCGAACACCAGCAGAUACUGAAAAAGCAAAUAAUGCAGCUCCAGAAGUAUCCUCUUCAGGCAUUGGAGAAAAGCCUUCAAUCUCGAGAUCAUUGUCUCUUACUAAGAUAUUUACUCCUAGGAUUAAGAGAACCUCAUCAUUGCCUCUAGAUGAAAUUAGACAAUCUAACACUGAAUCUUCUCAUGGUGGAAGUGUUGGUGGCCCUCUAAAUAAAAGAGAAGCCCAGCAGAAGAUAGCUCGCUCUCUUUCAGUACCUGUCAACAACAAAGAUAAAAGCCUAAGGAGAAUGGAUUCAUUUUUUCGUGUUGUUCCUUCCACUCCUCGAGUAAGGGAAGGAAAUGAAUUGUUGGCCUCGCCCACGACAAAUGAUACUGAAAAUGAAGAUUCUAAUGGUGAAGAUAUAGCAGAAGAAGAGGCCGUGUGUAGAAUCUGUCUGGUUGAUUUAUGUGAAGGAGGUGAGACCUUCAAGUUGGAAUGCAGCUGCAAAGGUGAACUUGCUUUGGCUCACCAAGAAUGUGCUAUUAAAUGGUUUAGUAUAAAGGGUAACAAGACCUGUGAUGUGUGCAAGGAGGAAGUUCGGAACCUACCUGUCACUUUAUUACGGAUCCAAAGUGUUCGAAAUCGGAAUAAUGGUGCAAAUAGGUCUCAGCUGGAUGAUGUAAAUGGAUACAGGGUAUGGCAGGAAGUCCCAGUGCUUGUCAUUGUCAGCAUGCUUGCCUAUUUCUGUUUUCUUGAGCAGCUCUUGGUUGGAAAGAUGGGAACUGGUGCAAUUGCGAUAUCUCUUCCAUUUUCCUGUGUACUGGGUCUACUCUCCUCUAUGACAUCAUCAACCAUGGUGAAGAGCAGGUUCAUCUGGAUUUAUGCAUCUGUCCAGUUUGCUCUGGUGGUUCUCUUUGCACAUAUAUUUUACUCCGUGGUUCAUGUGCAAGCAGUUCUGUCAAUCCUUCUGGCCACAUUUGCUGGUUUUGGUGUGGUGAUGAGUGGGAGCUCUAUUCUUGUGGAGUUUUUUAGAUGGAGGAGAAGAUUGCAGGCUUCAUCAGAGCAGCGACACGGCCCUCCAUUGAUGCCACAAGCAGCACAAACUCCACGAACUUCAAACACGCCACGUCCAGGUUCAGGUCCUUCCAACCACAGUCAAUCUGUGGUGCAAAAUGAACAAAACUCAAAUCAGAGUUGAAUUGAUGUGUUUGUGGCUUCUCUUAACACUUGGAGUUUUCAAGCUGGAAUUUGAAGUACUUAUUGUGUAUAGGGAAUUAAACUUCAUUACAUCUUUAAUAGAAUUCAUUGUACAGCUUAUGGUAGCAAUAGAGUGACUUAGAAUAUAGCUACUCAUGCUAUGGAAUUUCUGUUUAUUUAUUUGUACUGGGAAUUUCAAUUUUCAGCACAUUAAAACCAGAAGGCUUCUAGCCUUCUUUUUUGUAGUCUUGGGUGAGAGAGAUAAUGAUUUUGUUUUUGGUCAGAGUGAUGAGGAAGUUUUGUUUGUUGGUUUGUCUUGGAGGUUUGAUCAUUGAUGGGCCAAUACCACAUGUAAUGAUGUAGUAAAUUGAAUGAAGCUUUAUUCCCUUGCACUCUAGGACUAUAGCAGAUUUUCCACAUCUACACUGUCCCCAUGCAGCUUUUGGAAGAAACACUUGAAUUGUAUAACACGUUACUGGUACAUGUAAAGCUACCACUACAUUUUAGCAACUUGUUAUGUUACAAGAAUAA